CAGAGCGUACAUUUAAUGAGGCACCAGCAAAGCGACACCGACCGAGCUCCAAGGCUGCGGCGGUGCCGCCGUUACCAGUCCCUGGGCUCCCCCGGCACCGCCCGGGCACUCCCGGAGCCCCAGGCCGAGCAGAGCCCUCGGUCCCUCGGCGAGGCCUCGAUCUCCCGGGGCUCUUCAGGGCCCUGCGGCCCCCGGGCCCGGGCCCAGCGCCGCCCGCAGCGCGGUCAUCGCCGCCGUCAGCUCCUCGCAGGCGGCGAUGCGGGACCGCAGCUGCCGCUGCCGCAGCUCCAGCAGCUCCCGCAGCCUCCGCGGCUCCUCCGGAACCUGCGGGGGAACACGGCGGGGGACGGCGGUCACGGCACCCCGGCCCCCGCUCUGCCCCGGUCCCCCCGGCGCUCCCCCGUCACCCCGGUCCCCUCCGCACCCGCCGCUCUCCCGCCGCCUCCGCCCCGCCCGCGCGCGGCUCCCGCUGCCCGCCGGUGGCCAUGGGAGCGCCGGGCCCGCCCCGCCCCGGCUCUUGCGUUGUCUCCCGGCGCCGCGCUCGGAAGUGCCCGCAUGGCGCGGGCGGCGCGGGCUCUGGCGCGGGCGGCGGAGGGAGCGGCGGGGCCGGGGCUGGGCCGGGCUCGCCUGGUGCCGCUGCCGCCCGGCGGCGCGGCCGGGCCCGACCCGCACGGCUGGAGGGAGGCGGUGGCGGCCGCGGCCGGCGCGCUGCAGGCGGGCGGGCUGGUGGCGGUGCCCACGGACACGGUGUACGGCGUGGCCUGCCUGGCCCAGGACUCGGCCGCCGUGCGCAGCAUCUACAGCCUGAAGGGGCGGAACGGCGCGAAGCCGCUCGCCAUCUGCCUCGGGGACGUGGAGCGGCUCUACAGGUACUGCCACGUGAACGUGCCCGACGAGCUGCUGCGGGACCUGCUCCCAGGGCCGGUGACGCUGGUCCUGCAGCGUUCAGAAGAACUGAAUAAAGACUUGAAUCCUUUCACAUCACUGGUUGGUGUUCGUAUUCCAGACCACUCCUUCAUGAGGGACCUGGCACGUGCCUGCUCGGGACCACUGGCUUUGACAAGCGCCAACAUCAGCUCCCAGGGCAGCACCCUGACCGUGUCGGAAUUCCAGGACCUGUGGCCUCAGUUGUCCUUGAUCAUCGAUGGAGGCCCCAUAGGAGACAUCUGGAGCUCAGAGUGUCGCUUGGGGUCGACUGUGGUUGACUUAUCUGUGUCAGGGAAGUUCUCCAUCAUCCGUCCUGGCUGUGCACUGACACCCACAGUUGAAAUCCUGAGGCAGAAGUAUGGCUUGGUACCGGAAUCUUCCUAACCCUUGGGACUGGGAGCUGAUGGAGCUGGGCACCAUGUGCCUGUGCACUCAGAAGUGGGUGUUUGUGGCCUUGUUUAAUAAGGUCGAUGGGUUAUGUCAAGGUAAAUAAACAAAAGAUUUAAAAAAAAAAAUUAAAAAGUCCUUUUGAGCUCUUUGUGCUGCUGUACCAUUCCCAAAUGUCUGUUCUGUUAUCCCGAUUAGGCCUUGUGAAUACAAUGAUUGGAAUGUUGGACUGAUGGGGUGGGGAAGGCCCUGUCUGCCCCCCCUCCCAUUGCCAUUCCAUGUUUGUAGUUGUUGCAUCUGCACUGUAAGGAAAGCAAAUGUGGAAUGGAGGGGUUUGGAGCUUUCAGGGUGUUACAGCUGUGAUGUUCUCUGGUUGCUUUUCUCUGUUCUAAAUGUGAUCAAAAGCUACAACUGAGAUGAUACUUCCAGUGCUUCUGAAAAUUCACAAUAUUCAGGUAACCUGGAGCUGCUCAGAACAACCUGUUCUUCCUAAUGCAGAGAAUGAAAUGAACUCUUGGCAUGAUGAUCUUCCUUUGUUUAAAUGUGGAAUUCCCUCUCUUGAGUUUGCCCUGAAACAGUGCUAAGCUGAAGUAAACAGGGAAUGGAUGAAA